AUGGCGUCGCGUUCGUCUCAAAUCACUUCCACUCAGCCGCGGCUCCAUGGUGCUUGUAUUCUUCCGGGACAUAUUCUUGUCAACGAAAGAUUCCAUGGUAGCGAGAUUGUUAAGGCUCUUCAAGGUUUGUGCUGUAAUUAUGAUGAUUAAUCACCUUGUUCGAUGAAAAUGGUUGGCGGGAAUUUCGCGCCAAAUUUCAAACUAAUAACACCAAAGCUAAGAAAAAAACCUGAUGUUUGAUUUUCUUGCCUAGUGAUAAGGUCAGAAGAGUUGCGUAGAGUAAGAAUUUUUUUUUCUCAUUUUUUUACUCUGUAGUGUUUUUCAGCCUGACAUUUUUACUGAAAUCAAGAAGUGACUCCUGCUGAAGUAAUGAUUGUUUAGUUGACGAUUGUCCGAGUUUUUCUAUGAUACACAGAGAUUUUAUUUAGUGAUUUUUUGUUUUGCCCGUAAACAACGCACAACUGGGGAGGAGGAGGAGGAAGGCGGAAGGUACAGUUGUACUCAGAAAGGCUUGGUGGGUUGCCCAGGCCUCCAAUGAGCAGCAGAACUCCUUUUUUAAAGAUUUUACAUUCCAAUAUUGAUACCCUGUUCUAGAAAGGGGGCAAUUUGGUUGCUAAAUUCCAGGGAUUUAUUUUCCUGUCAAUAUCAUUGCAUUCUAGAAAACAACCCACAAUUACCACCCACUGAGAAUUUGAGAAUACUUUGGUACCCCCACCACCCACCCCCAAUUGCCAAACAAGUGCCAAUUUUGUGUUUAGGUCUGAAAAUGGGUUUUGAAUUUGGGCCAGGUCUGAAAUGAGGAUUUCUAGGUCAGGUCCAAGGGAUUAUUUUUCUGGAGUGUUUUCUUUUACUAAAUUAGACACCAAGACUCUGUCAGCCAUUCCAGAUGUCCACAUUUCUGUUGUAAACUCUAUGUAUUACUGGUAUACUCCACUAUAGUAGAAAAUGAUACAUUUAUACUCUCUUAUCGCUGUACCCUAUCCUAACUAGACUGAACAAAUAACAGCUUGAAAGAGACCCAGUGUGAAGGGUCUGAGAUUGGAUUGGGAAACCAUACAUAUUGUAGGUGCCACUCCAUGGUGAUUGACUUCCUUAUUGACACAGCAACUGAUGUGCAUGAGUGAUUGAUUGACCCACCAACUGAAUAAAUAGUGGCUGACUGGCUGUGAGUCUUCCUUAAUAAUAAUUAUUGCCUGAUUAUCUGACAAUCAUUUUGAUUGACAGAGAGUCAUGUUACUGUUCAAGUUGAUGACUGUAUGGGAGUACUGGACUUCCAUCCAUCAUUAGAGGUAGGAGUUGUAUAUCUCACUGAAGCUGAUCUGGUGGCAGGAGGAGAUAGUUACAAAUCCAAGCUGCUCAAACUUGCCAAGGUACUGGAUACAUAUAGAAUAAUGGAUUGUUGGUUAAAGAUAAGCAGCAUCAACCCAAAUACUUUCUCUUAAAAGUAACACACCAUAUUGACUACCCAGGGCAAACAUUGAUGUCAUCUAUGCUUUAUUAAAGAUUGCAAAAUGCCUCUCACACCGCAAAUUUUUUUCAUGAAGGUUUUAUUCUUCAAUACUAUUAUUUCUCACUUUUGAGAAUCAAGGGAUACAUUUUGCAUAUUUUGCGAGGACCUUGCAAGAAAGUUAGAGAGGAUCUAUAAGAUGAAAAAGGGGUCCCAUUUUGCCAAAGAUAAACGAAUAUUUUCAUGGUAGGGAUUUGGAUCACUCAUGGUAAUGCACACGUCAACAAUCUACCAUUCCAACUGUAUUCAGCUUUGUUACUUUCCUUCUCUUUAGGCUUCAUUUAGGAAAGUUGUGUUAGCAGAAAAGACUUCUUUGAGUUCCCAGUACUUCUAUGAUCUACAGAAGUUCAUUGUUAUUGAAAGAGGCCUAGCACUUCUUCCAGUGACAUCACCUACUGAAGCAGGCAAAAUCUUGGCUCAAAUGGUAAAACCUCUUUUAUUGAAAACUUUCGGAAGGUUCUGUUCAAGUGUGUUCAACUUGCAGCUAAAAGUGCAGAACUAUUGAGAAAACUCUAUUCAAAGAAACGUUGGCUGAGAUCAAUGUUUUCCUAAUGGAACAACAUUACAAAGAUGGUUAUUUUAUUUUUUUGAAGGGUUUCCUUGUAGUGGCUCCAUAGGAUAUUUGUGUGAUACCAAAAUUCAAGCUUUAGUUCUCUCUUAUGUUUAGUGCUAUGAAAAUAUUGUUUUAGCCCUGUAAUUUAAUGUCAACCAUUAUUUUCAUGUUCUUUGAAAACUUCCUAAAAGUUGUAAUAUUUUGUAUUUUCUUACUGAUAAAAAAAAUUGUUUCCAGGUGUUUUUGGAGAGCAAGCCCCAAAACAACCCUUAUCGCAUCAAGGUAAAACCUACACCAACAGACCAAGCCUUACUGACAACCCUUCAGACAGUUCCAGGUUUAGGACAGAGAAAAGCAAUGGCCCUGUUAGCUAAGUUCAACAGUAAGAAAAUGAAUAUUAUUAUUCCGAUAACAUUCAUAUUACGACGGGUUUCAGGGCUUGAAAAAACUUGAAUUCCAGCUUGUCCAUUGGGCAAGCAGCUGUCUCAUUUUGCUUACCUGGGGCAACUUCUUGUUCUUCUUAGGGCACAACUGGCCGGCUGGACCAUAGCCUGACCAGUCAGUUUGAAAAUGAAAUAGGCUUUUACCAAGAGUUUUUGCUGAAAAACUUUCUCCUUCAUGCAUACUAUUUAGGAUUUGACUUAUCUGGCUGGAGAGUUUUGAUUAAAAGGGAAAUUAUUGUUGUGACGGGAAUGGUCUGGCCGGUCAGUUGUGACAAAUGGAAAGCGCCCUUACAGGUGUAGUUAACCCUGUAGUUUCAAGAUUGACCAACAUGAAUAUUCUCCUAACUAUAUCAAUACAUUACCAAGAGAAAAGGUUAGGAGAAUUAACAAAAUGAUUAACAAUGGAGAAAUACUUUGAUCUUUUAUCAAGUUCUCUCAACUAAAUCUAUAAGGCAAUGUAUGGACACUAGUGUGGAGAAUUUGUAUUUGGAUAUUGGGGCUUGUUAGAGGAUGACUUGCCUGGUCCCUUGCACAUUGGACACAUGAGCUUUAAAAGUUACUUGCCGAGCAAGAAAAUCUACCUGUCGCUAACUACCAUAAUGGACUUUUUUCAAGCCUUGGAUUUCAUAUUUGUUUUGUAUGAAAUCAGUUGAAGCAGAGCUAAGUGCCUUGUUUUGUUUCAGGCCAAACAUGAAAGGCAGAGUUGCCUGAGAUAUUUUUGGCAUAUUAUUCAACUUCGGUUACUAACAGUUUCAUACGACGGAUUUAAUUCGAAAUGUCAGGGAGAAGUAAACUAAUGUUUGGUAACAAUUUUUAAUGUAUAGCGGUGAACCUAGGGAUAAGUCCUACUUUCCUUUCAACUCCCACUUUCCUUUCGUCCCUUUAUCUAUACAGAAAAUCCACUGAAUCAAAGUUCCCUUUGUAAAAACUAGCUUUUUCAAAUUUGUUGUUUUCUCUCAUCUUUCAGGUAUUGAGCAAAUCAGUAAAGCAUCAUUUGCAGUAAGUAAUUUAGUAGUACAUGUAGUAUCAAAGUCAGUGAUGGGAAGGCAUCUCUGUAGUAUUAUUUGCAUAUGUUAAUCCCUGAAAAUAGAACCUGUAGACUUAAUCUUGCCAAUUCAGCUUUGGCAUAGCUUGAGAAUACAGCCCAGUACAUUUUGUGACGCCACCACCGGUUUCCCCCUGGGAAAUGAUGCCUGAGGAAUGAGCGCAGAAAUUCCUUAUUGAUGACUUGACACUUCCUAGAGCUGGGUAGUGUUUCUGAUGGGGUGAAACUUUGCUUCAUCCAAUCGGAAGCACAACCCAAAUCUGGGGAUUGAUACAUCAUCAGGACGGAAUUUCUGGGCUUGCUUGUCAGGCAUCAGUCACCUGUUUCUUCAGGCCAGCUUCGGCACUUCUUUUUGGUUUUUCACCUAUUUUGUUUUGUGUUAAUUUUAGUCUCUCGCUACUGUGGUGGGAAAAGCCAAUGCACAACAACUAAAGGACUUUUUCCAUCAGCAGCAGAGGAUGUAA